ACCCGUGCUGUUGAUGGACCCCAAAAGCAGCCGGAAGGAAAAAUCACAAUCGGCGCACUUGAGCAACUUUGGUGGUUGCACUCUCACCUGAUUUUUGCGUCCUCCUCUCUCUCACAUCUUUGCUACCCCAGAAGAUGAACCCUACUAAAUUUUCAAUUUUUUUUAUUUUCAUGUAAUUCUUUUACAGUCUCAGAUCCUUAAAAGUUUUCUUCAAUUUGUUCUUGCGACCUGUUUGAUUUUCCCUCAAAGUUUCAAACUUUAAGGCAAUUUCAAGAACAAGAUUCCAUUUUUUGAGGUAUUUGUGUGUCGUAGUAGUUGAUACUUGGUUGGUUUCUUGUGCUUCAAUGGAUGACAUUGAGGAUAAUGGGAGAUAUCCUUCCAACCCUUAUGGCAUGAACCAGGGUUAUGAGUCAUCAAAUCGCCAGAAGCUUCCUGUUCACGACCCUUCUUAUUCAAGGCAUGUCGACAAUCAGUAUGUGGAGGAGGCGGAUGAUGAUGAAGAAGUUGAUGGCGAAGAAGAAGAAGAAGAUGAUGAUGGCGAAGAAAAUGGUGUUCAGCGGAUAGGGAAAGAUGUGUUUGAUGACGAUGAUGAUGAUGAUGAUGAGUAUGGUGAUUCGCAGAGGCAUCAAAAGAAGAGGAAGUUAAAGAGCUUGUUAUCAAGUUAUGAGUUUGCACCUCGAGUACCACCACCAUCUACUACAGCUGCAACUGCUCCUAAGCCUUCAUUUGGUGGUAGGAAUCCACUUUCAGAUUGGUCUGAAAAUGAGACAUUUAUUUUGCUUGAUGCAUGGGGCACUAGGUUUGUUCGACAUGGGAGGAAGAGUCUUCGAUCAGAGGAAUGGCAAGAAGUUGCAGACAGAGUGUCACGGGGGUCCAAAAUUGAGAGGACAGACACCCAAUGUCGUAACCGUUUGGAUACUUUGAAAAAGAAAUACAAAAAGGAGAAGAUGAAGUUUGCAGAGACUGGCAGUAACACUAGCAAGUGGGUGUACUUCAAAAAGAUGGACAUGUUACUAACAUCAACUCCCCAGAAAGCUGGUGUUUCAUGUGGAAUGGACUCUGGAGAGUAUGUUUUCAUGAGCCCAAAAGCUUAUCUGAAUCGUGCUAAUGGCUUGGAUGAGAUGAGGGACAGUCCUGCUAACUCAGAAUCUGCUGAUGGUGAGGAUGGUUCAGAGGAUCUUCCACCAAAAAGAUCAAGAAAUGUGCAACCAGGAGGGAACGGGAAUGGGAAUGGACAUUCUUUCAAAUUAAUAGCAGAUUCUAUCCAUAAAUUUAGUGAGAUAUAUGUGAAGAUUGAGAAUAGCAAGAGACAGCAAAUGAUGGAACUGGAGAAAAUGAGGAUGGACUUCCACCGAGAAUUGGAACUCCAAAAGAGGCAAAUUAUGGAGAGAGCUCAGGCAGAAAUUGCAAGAAUACGUCAAGGAAGUGAUGAAGAAAACGACAUGUCUGCUGAAAAUGUUAGUGGAUGAUAAGCCAGAUUAUCUCUCAAUUCGUUCUAUGUUGGCUAUUUUCCAUUGUUGUAUUAUAUCUUGCAUUUUAGUUUCUCACCAUUGAUGGCUAUAUAUAUGCAAGGCAACUUAAUGUGAUGUAAGAAUGUAUCUGGAUGUUGUUUCAACAGUCAAUAAUAACAUUAUGGAGUUCUGUUAACCUAA